AUGCAAGCUGUUGGUAUCUGCGGAAGCGAUGUUCACUAUUGGAAGAGAGGUUGUAUUGGAGAUUUUGUUGUACGAGCUCCAAUGAUACUAGGCCAUGAAAGUGCAGGAAAAGUUGUCAAAUUAGGCCCGAAUGUGAAACAUUUGAAAGAAGGUGAUCGUGUCACAAUUGAACCUGGUGUUCCGUGCAGACGAUGUGAUUUUUGUAAAUCUGGUCGAUACAAUCUUUGUGCUGAUGUCCAGUUUUUAGCGACCCCACCAGUUCACGGAAGCAUCUCGAAAUAUCAUACACACGCAGCUGAUUUCUGUUUCAAAUUGCCUGAUCAUGUUUCCUAUGAAGAAGGAGCGUUUUGUGAACCUUUAGGAGUUGGAGUUCAUGCUUGUCGACGAGCGGGCGUAACAGUUGGAUCAAAAGUUUUUAUUACUGGUGCUGAUAUAAGUCAAUCACGUCUGGAUUUUGCAAAAAGUAUGGGUGCUGAUUCGGUAUUUCUAGCUGAUAAUGAUCCACAAAAAACAGCAAAAAUUAUUGAACAGAAGUUUGGUUGUAUGCCAAAUAUCUCAAUCGAAUGUACUGGUGCAGAGUCGUGUAUUCAAAGUGUAAUCUAUCAUCUGGAGGUGUUAUUGUGUAUUCUAGUUGGUUUGGGAAAACCUUUGGCUCAACUACCUGUCGUAAAUGCGGCAGUGAGAGAAGUUGAUAUUCGUGGUGUAUUCCGUUAUGUUAACUGCUAUCCGGCUGCCUUGAGUUUAAUAGCUAGCGGUCGAAUUCAAGUGAAACCAUUAAUCACGCAUCGUUUCGAUUUACAAGAAGCAGUUAAAGCAUUCGAAAUGGCUGAAUCUGGAGAAGCAAUCAAAGUUAUGAUCCAUUGUGGACGUGAUGCUAAAGACUAA